CCAUGUUUCAGCGACUCUUCGUUCGCACAAUAUUGUGCUUCAUCAUAUCGGAUUUAAUUUGCCUAAUAGCCGCCGAUACAACAAUUGUACCCUCUCCAAUUUCCAUAACCUUUAAUGCUUCAACUGUUAGUCCAUCUUCUGGUACUACUGCUGCGCCGGCCAACGUAUGCUCUCAGCCCCCCGGUAGCGUAGAUUUGAACAGUUGCUGCGAUCUACCGAUGCCCGUUCCGGUAGAAACUCUUAAAGUAUGUCAAACAUCUCAAGAUGCUUGGUUGAAAGAUAAGAAGAACGCCACUUGUGGAUCAAUAUGUCUACUCAACCAUCUGGUCAACAUUACUGAAGCGAUUCAACUGGCUAUGAGCAACCCACCGCAAACCCUAAUUCAAAACCUAAAUUCAUAUUUGAAUGCGUUGUUCAAAUGUUUCAAAAACGUAAAAACGGACGUUCGAUUCGAUCUAGCUACCAAAUUGCUAACCGAUGGAACGGCUUUCCACGAUGUCCUUUGUGAUGUGGGGUUAGUGAAUAUGGCUGAGUGUAUCAACAUGGAACUAUUUUUGAAUUGCACCACAUUCAGUAAGAAUGUACAAUGCCAAAGUGUUCGGGACUUCUUGGAAACACCUUGCCGAUUCAGCGAAUUAUAAAAGUAGAGAUUGUUGAUGAACUUAUGAACUUGUUUAGCGACCGUUCUUCACAACUGUGAAAAAUGAAUGGUUACUAUUGGUUGGAAUGAUUAAAGCUAUUGAAUAUCACAAGCCGUAGAUGGGUUUAUACGAAUCCAUUUAAUUCCAUUACUUACUUGAUUGUAACUUUAA